UGGAGUAAGGCCGGGCGUGCAGGGAGCGGUUGGGAGCGUGGCACAGGCAGGCGAGGAGGGGAGCGCCUAGGCGCGGGAAGGCCGGGAGCAGCCGCGGGUCGCGAAGCCGCGGGGUGGGCAGCCCGAGCGCCGACUGGGGGCGGCCCCGCGCGGCCCCGCCCCUCCCGGCCGGUGCCCGCCCCCCUGCGCGCCCCGCCCCCUCCUUCCCCUCAGCCCCCACCCCCCGCCCCGGCUCCUCAACACAAACUUUCCGUCCCGCUCGCUCCCUCCUCCGCGCCCGGCGCCUCCCGCUCCAGCCCGGCUCAUUCCGCACAUUCCGGCCAGCCCCCUCCCCAAGACCCCCCUUCCCCGGCCCCCCUCUCAGCUCCUUCGGGCCCGGCGGAGCGGCCCGGCCGGAGCGCCCCCCCCGAGCUCGGACCAGGCCCCGGCUGCCCAGUGGGCUCAGGCCCAGAGCCCAGAGCAACCAGCACGAUAGCGUCCAGCAGCUGGAAUGCCAGCAGCAGCCCCGGGGAGGCCCGGGAGGACGGGCCCGAGGGCCUGGACAAGGGGCUGGACAACGACGCAGAGGGCGUGUGGAGCCCCGACAUCGAGCAGAGCUUCCAGGAGGCCCUGGCCAUCUACCCGCCCUGCGGCCGCCGCAAGAUCAUCCUGUCAGAUGAGGGCAAGAUGUACGCCACCGUGCCACGCCCACCCCUCGGCCGGAGCCCCCUCGCGCACGGGGCGGGCAGAUGUCCCAGGGUGCUUCCCCCACGGCUACCUCCCAGAUGGCCGGGGGCAGCCCCACAGGGUCGAAAUGAGUUGAUUGCACGCUACAUUAAAUUGAGGACCGGGAAGACUCGGACAAGAAAACAGGUGUCCAGCCACAUACAGGUUCUAGCUCGGAAGAAGGUGCGGGAGUACCAGGUUGGCAUCAAGGCCAUGAACCUGGACCAGGUCUCCAAGGACAAAGCCCUCCAGAGCAUGGCAUCCAUGUCCUCCGCCCAGAUCGUCUCCGCCAGCGUCCUACAGAACAAAUUCAGCCCGCCCUCCCCUCUGCCCCAAGGCGUUUUCUCCACUUCCUCACGGUUCUGGAGCAGCCCCCCUCUCCUGGGACAGCAGCCUGGACCCUCUCAGGACAUCAAGCCCUUUGCACAGCCAGCCUACCCCAUCCAGCCGCCCCUGCCGCCCACGCUCAGCACUACUGCCUCUGUGCCCGUGUGGCAGGACCGCACCAUCGCCUCCUCCCGGCUGCGGCUCCUCGAGUAUUCAGCCUUCAUGGAGGUGCAGCGAGACCCUGACACGUACAGCAAACACCUAUUUGUGCACAUCGGCCAGACGAACCCCGCCUUCUCAGACCCGCCGCUGGAGGCCGUCGACGUGCGUCAGAUCUACGACAAGUUCCCUGAGAAGAAGGGUGGACUGAAGGAACUCUAUGAGAAGGGGCCCCCGAACGCCUUCUUCCUUGUCAAGUUCUGGGCCGACCUCAACAGCACCAUCCAGGAGGGCCCUGGAGCCUUCUAUGGGGUCAGCUCUCAGUACAGCUCGGCAGAUAGCAUGACCAUCAGCGUCUCCACCAAGGUGUGCUCCUUUGGCAAGCAGGUGGUGGAGAAGGUAGAGACGGAGUAUGCCAGGCUGGAGAACGGGCGCUUCGUGUACCGCAUCCACCGCUCCCCCAUGUGCGAGUACAUGAUCAACUUCAUCCACAAGCUGAAGCACCUGCCGGAGAAGUACAUGAUGAACAGCGUCCUGGAGAACUUCACCAUCCUGCAGGUGGUCACGAGCCGGGACUCCCAGGAGACCCUGCUUGUCAUUGCUUUCGUCUUUGAAGUCUCCACCAGCGAGCAUGGGGCCCAGCACCAUGUCUACAAGCUCGUCAAAGACUAGGCCACCGUCGGCCCCCAGCACCAGGAUCCAGGACAAGCAUCUUUUCCACACACCUGCCUGGCCCCUCCCCCCCGCCCCCCGGAGGUCUGGAUUGAGGACUCACCUGCCUGCCAGGCCUCAGGCCCAGGACCCAGGAGGCCUCCCCACCUACCCCCAGCACACACACUCCCUGCCACUGUUCUGCGCUUUAAUUGUGGGAGAAGAGGAGGGCUCCGUGGUGGGGCAGCCUGCCCCGGACGCUGAACCAUCACCCAGCUCUGCCCAGCCUCCAGUGAGCGGAUCCGACCCCUUCGGGCUCAGGCAUGUGUGGCCAGCAGGGGAGGGUAGAAUGGAGAUCGAGGAGGUGAGAGUGCAGAGGCCCCAGGAAGGAGAGUGUCGAGUUGGGGUUAGGGUGAGAAGGAGAGAGAGGGGCCCCCACUUUCUUGCACCUGUGGUGUGCCAGGCCUGGUGCUAGGCCCUCUGUGUGCCUGGCGCCGUUCUCAGACCGGGCAAGGCAAGCGUGGGUCUUGGUGUCUCAUGAUGGGCUGAAACUCCGAGAAGUCGAGGGACCCAGCAAGGGGGGCGGAGUUGGAAUUCUCAUCCGGGGCUGCCUGUCCCCAGAGCCCAGGUAUACACUGCCUCCCUGGAGUGGGGGGCCAGCCGCAGGGGGUGGGAGAGACGGUCUGUACUGGGGGCUGGGGCCAGCCAGGUUGGGGGCCUCCUCCCAGGGGAGCAGCUGCUUCUGACCAGGCAGGAAAAGAGGAGCAGCAGGUGCUUGGCACCUGUUAGGUGCCCUCUGUCAGCCCACAGUGCAGCCAGGGCCUCGGGAGCCCCUGUGCCGACCUCCUCCAAGCUGCUCCGGCCCACAUCCGGGUCCUGAGCCCCUCAGCACCUUCCUGACAGGAGAAGGCCCCCAGGGUCAGGCUCCAAAAUAGCUUAGAGGGUCAAGUAGGAAGAUGGGAGUCCCAGCCUCUGGGCAGACCAGUGUCCCAGGGACAAGGGGUAGCAGAAGGAUUUGAUGUUUUCAAAUGCCCAACACUUGGGUUUGGUGAGCCCUCGGUGGGCACCAGUCCCUUACGUUUCUCUCCACCUCCAGUCUCCCAGGCCUGGAGUAGCAGCUCCCCAGAGCCAGUUCUGGGACUGAAGGUUCACCCUUCCCCUGCUGCUCCUCCCCAACAGCCAGAGCCCUCAGCCAGCUUGGCCUGUCUACCAGCCACCUCUGGGCAUUGACGAGUUUCAUAUGAAGUACUGUGCCCCUUCCCUUCCGUACACCGCCCGCCCCUGAGCUUCCUGAAGGUCCUCACAGUUUGCAUAUUGCUCAGGCCACUUCCAAACCCAACCUAGGUUUUAUAAUGUAUAUUAUAUUUUUUUGUGUAUUUUUUAAGUCCAGCUGUGAUGGGUUAUAUCAUAAACGUGGCGCGGGGCUGGGGCAGGGGUCCUCAAGGCCCGGCUCCUGCUCCAAAAAAAAAAAAAAAAAUUAAAGU